UUAUAUGCCUUGUAUUGCUUUUCAAUUGCCUUUGUCCUAAAUUUUAUGAAGUCUUUAUAAAGGUUAUUUUUCUUCUUGCAAGCAUUUUGUAAUGCUUGCAAUAUAACCUUAGUAGGAUAUAAAGAUGACGAAAUUACUGUUUGAUAUUGAGACAUUUUACAGCAUGCACAUUUGAUAACAGCACUAACGUUUGUGUAAGCUAUGAAUAGCCCAGUGUUGAAAUAAAAAUAUAUUUCUUUUAACAUUUUGAUUCAUUUAAUGAGGUCAUUUUAAUCAAUGUCUCAAACUUAAUACCGUGAUGAUGUUGUGUUUUCCGUGCAGGUUGUUUGAUUUCCGACAACCCAUUUUGAUGGUGGCUGACCCUGAUUUUAUUAAAACUGUGCUGGUGAAAGAGUGCUACUCUGUGUUUACCAACCGGAGGGAAGCUGUAGGGGAUGUAUCUUUGAAGGAUGCAGUUACAAACGUUAAAGAUGGAAGGUGGAAAAGAAUCCGGAGCUCUUUGUCCCCGUGCUUCACAAGUGGACGACUCAAACAGGUUUUCCCCAUCGUUUCUCGCUAUGCAGACAAACUCACUGAAAAACUUGGAAAAAUGAAUUUGGAUGAACCCAUCGAUAUCAAACAAUUCGUGGGACCUUACAGUUUGGACGCUGUGACCAGUGCAUCUUUUAGUGUUGAGGCAAACUCCAUAAACGAUGCAGAUGACCCAAUUAAUGUCCACAUCAAGAAGAUUCUUGACUUUAAAAUAUGGCUUUUGCUAUUAUUGAUGAUGUUUCCCUCUGUUGAUAAUCUGUUGAAGGCCCUGAAAAUUGAACUCAUGCCAAGCCUCAGCGUGAAAUAUUUCUAUGACAUUAUCAAGAGAUUUAAAGAUGAGCAUCAAGCAGAGGAAUCUAGUCGAGGGGACUUCCUGCAUGUGAUGCUUCAGAAUGAGAUACCAGAAACGGACAUAAAGGGCGAAGAAGAUCAGCCAACUAAAGGUUUGACUGAGCACGAGAUGCUUUCCCAGGCCUUCAUUUUCAUCUUUGCAGGCUCCGAUACCACCAGUGUCACCAUCACUUGCCUCCUUUACAGUCUGGCCACCAACCCGGAUGCAUUGCAGACCCUGCUGGAAGAAAUCGAUGCCAGCAUACCAAGAGAUGCUCCUAUUUCAUACGAGGAUGUGAUCGGUCUUCAGUACCUGGAUCAGGUCAUUUGGGAGUCGAUGCGUUUCAAUCCCACUGUACCUCGAAUUGAGAGGAAUUGCAAGAAAACGUCCCAGUUCCACGGCAUCACCAUCCCUGAAGGAACUAUCGUGAGCAUCCCUGUGUCCAUGUUACACAUGGACCCGCGCUUCUGGAGAUCACCUGAGCUUUUCAGACCGGAAAGGUAAAAGAAGAGAGCCGGGGAGGAGGUGAACCCGUAUGCUUACAUGCCGUUUGGGCUCGGUCCUCGCAACUGCGUUGGGAUGCGCUACGCCGUCCUCACCAUGAAGGUGGUUCUUGUCCGUCUCCUGCAGGAUUACUCUGUGGAGACAUGCAAAGACACCGUGAUUCCUUUGGAGUUGAACUGGAUGUUCCAGCCAAAACAGCCAAUAAAACUACAAUUUGUUCCCAGGAAACAAUAGCCCAAACGGGAAAAUCUCUGAAUAUAACGCGCUUUAUAUCAAUAUGUAAUGUAAUUAAAGGGGGAAGAGGAGAAAGUAUUGCAUUUUUAAGCUCAGUAAAAAUAAAUGAAUUGGUCUAUAUUGUUUCAUCUUAUUUUGCGUUAGAUUUGCUUUUCUGCCAUUAUACAUUUUGAAAAGUCUGUAGUCCUAACUUUGCAGAAAAAUGCUAAAGUGAUUGAUGAUUUAAGAGUUGCUGGAUUAUUUACUCAAUAUCAUCAUGUGUAUAUUAACAACAAGAUCAGUAUUGCAAUUCGCUGGGAUGUUAAAAGCAAAUACGUGUGGUGACUACCUAUUUAUACACUGGGUUCAUAAUUCAUACAUGGAACUACAGUUGGGGGUAUUGUUCCCACACGGACAUGUUACACUGAGCAAAAAUAUAAACGCAA